AUGAUAAUCUAGUUAAAAUUUUCUUUUAAUAAUAAACACGUGAUGAUACAAUCAAAAUUUUCUCACCAAGGCGCAGUCCGGUCCGGCACGUAACUAUAAACUUCAUAGAUUGUUGGGUUUAUAGAUCUAAUGGAUUUCGGCUAAAGUAGACAACCGACGGAGGGGAGGUCGAUAACUUCCGACCGAAACACGGUGCGGUUCGGUUCCCUUUUCCCUUCCGUCAACGAGACAGACGAAAGCAGCCGAUUCCCCACCUAACAUUACCAAAAGCUGACGCCGGUGACGCAGCCCCACUCCAUCGGCACCGUUCAUCUUACCCCUCCAGUUUCCCAGUUGCCACCACGUGUCCUCCCGCUGAUUCCCGUCGCCGUCAGCCCAGCAAACCUUUCCUGUCCGCUUCUCCAGUCGUUUUCUGAUCUCUCGAUGGAAGAAGACGACGAGAUCCACUCCCACCAGUCCGGAUCUCCGUCCCCGCCGAGCGGUACCGCCGGGAACGGCCGGAUCGCCGACGAUUUCGCCGGCGCGACCUCCCCAAGCUCUCAACAACAGCCUCCGCCGCCGCAGCAGCAGCAGAGCAGCUUGACCCUCGCCCUGCCGAUCCAGCAGCUACGGGCGCCUACCGCAGCUCCAGCCGGCGGGGGUGGCGGUCGGGAGGACUGCUGGAGCGAGGGAUCGACGGGGGUACUGAUUGGCGCGUGGGGGGAACGCUACCUGGAGCUGAACCGGGGGAACCUCAAGGAGAAGCACUGGAAGGAGGUGGCGGAGAUCGUCAGCUGCGCCGGCGGAGGCGCCCGCACGAGGCCGCCGAGGACGCACGUACAGUGCAAGUACCGGAUCGACACCGUCAAGAGGAAGUACAAGCAGGAGAAGGCGAAGGUCGCGGCGGGCCACGGGCCCAGCAAGUGGGCCUUCUUCGAGACCAUGGACCGGAUUAUCGGGCCGGCCCAGGCCCACAACGCCCCCAGGACCGGUCCAAAUAAAGCACGGCGGCAGCAGCCACCGGCACUGCUCGAUGUGGCGCCGACGAUCUCACGGCCCCCGCAGCAGCCGCUACGGGCUGGGCCCGGCUCGGACUCCGAUACGGAGAGCGACAAAUCGGCGGAAUUUUUGAGGAAGACCACUCACCCCCAGCAUCAUCCGCCGCGGCUUCCGGUGGUGGCACGGACGGAUCGGAAGAGGGGGUGGGAGGAAGGGGAGGGGAAGGGGGAGGGGGUGGGGGUGGGGGAGCUGACGCGGGCGAUGCGGAGGUUCGUGGAGGUGUACGAGAGGGCGGAGAUGGGGAAGAUGAGGCAGGCGGUGGAGAUGGAGAAGCAGAGGCUGAGGUUUGCCAAGGAGGCAGAGCUGGAGAGGAUGCAGCUGCUGAUGGCGGCGCAGGUGGAGAUAACAAAGAUGGGGCGGCGGCGGCGGCGUCGGCGGAGGGACGUGCAUGAGAAGCGGGGCGGAGGGAGCGGGGGCGGCUGUAACCGUAAUUAACUGUAGCGGUGAGGGCCAAUUUUUAGUUUAGAUUAAGAAUUAGAUAAGAGUUUGAUUGGAGCGUCUGGUAUGGUAUGGGGUUGGGAUACAAAGGAUCGUAUUUUGUAUCGUAGACUUGUAGGCCCCACAAAAAGUGUGGGAUUUGUGCGGUAAUUGAUUUUCAAUUUUCCUUUUUAUUUUUUACUAUUUUCUUUGGAUUACAUUAAAUUGUUGAAAUUGUUAGUGGUUUGACUGUUUGACUGUUGGUCUAUUCCGAUUCCCUGUCAGAAAAUUCUAAUCAGACAUUAUCAGCUUUAGUA